GGUAUGGCUCUGCAGGUGCUGGGCAUCACACUAUCUAUGAUCGGCCUAGCAGGUACCAUCAUCAUCUGCGCCCUGCCCAUGUGGAAGGUGACAGCGUUUGUGGGCACCAACAUCGUGGUGGCGCAGGUUUUCUGGGAGGGCUUGUGGAUGACCUGCGUGUAUGAGCGCACAGGCCAGAUGCAAUGCAAGCUGUAUGAUGCUCUGCUAGACCUGGACCCAACACUGCAGGCCUCGCGUGGUCUUGUGGUCACCACCAUGGCACUUGCAUGUCUCGGGUUCCUCAUCUUCCUGCUGGGAGCUGAGUGCACCAAUUGCCUCAACAAUCCGCAGGCCAAGGCUAGGAUCGUGGUGGCAUCUGGGGUCACUUUUAUGCUCUCAGGGCUUGGGGCCGCAAUUCCCGUUUCCUGGACAGCUGAUAAUAUCAUCAGGGACUUCCAUAACCCUGUUGUGCAUGAGGCACUGAAGAGAGAGAUGGGUGCUGCAAUAUAUGUGGGCUGGGUGACAGCAGGGUUCUUAUUUGUCGGAGGGGCAGUUCUCUGCACCAGCUGCCCCCCAGAGAGGAUCACACACUUUUCCAGGUAUACAGCAACAAAGUCAGGCACCCACAGCAGCUAUGCAUUUAAAAACUAUGUGUAA